UACGAGUCCACCACCCUUUAUCCUCUUUCUUGCUUUUUCCCCCGCGUUCCGACGAAGGCCGAGGCACGCCGCCGCCUCCGACGAAAAAUUCUCCUCGCCGUCGCCGUCGCCGUCGUCGUCCCACUCUACUUGCACCUACUGUUCUCACUUCUCAAUCUUGUUGACCCCUUCCUCAGUUCCUCUGCUGUCCAAUCCAUCCAGUUCGUCGCUGCGGAUUUGUUUGCCACGUGGCGGGAGUACUAGCAGUACCUAAUCCCGGAGAAAAUUCCGCGGAUUCGCGAGAGGAUUACGCUGCUCUCUCGCCCCGAGAGCUGAAUCUUUGACCACAUCCUCCACUACCAGUUUCCGAAAUGGAAGAGGCCGCCCCGGCGGCGCUGCGCGUGAUCCGGAGCUGCAUCGACGCGCUGGGGAGAGGGUUCGACGCCAACCUCGACACCAGGCUGCUCUACUGCAAGGGGUCCCGCCUCGUCGAGGUCGACGACGGCGAGCUGAGCUCCAGGGAUCUGGUCGUGUCUGACGGGCUCACGGUCCCCGGUGUGCCCAAGGAUGUUGAAUUCUCGGCUGACAGUGGGACUGGUGGGCAGGAGACCGCCGGCCCGUGCGGCUUCUACGAGAUGGCUGGGCAUUUCAACAAAAAAUCCCAGAUCGCAGGAAAUUUACCUCUUGGAAGCUUUAAUUCAGCAUAUAGCUUCACUGGAUCCAAGAAAUUUGAUGCUAUGGCUACCAAAAGUCUUGGGAUGGAGGGGAAGACUGUUUCUUUAUAUAAGGUCCAACUUGUGCGACAGCCUUUAACGCUGGUAGAGGAAGUUAAGCAUGCAGUUCCACACUCAUGGGAACCAUCAUCUCUAGCAAGGUUCAUUCAGAAUUAUGGAACACAUGUCAUAAAUUCCAUCACCAUUGGUGGGAAGGAUGUGAUUUACAUCAAGCAGCAUACGUCAUCAUCACUUUCUGCGGUGGAAAUAAAAAAUUAUCUACAUGAUCUUGGAUAUCAGAGGUUUUCCGAAAAUGAAACCCUUACAGGCUCAGGCCCUAUAAGACCAAUGAAUAAGGAAACAGAAGCCCUUGGGUUCAACAGCCAAGGAGUAUAUCCACAACCUGCAACUACACCUUAUAUUCCUGCAAAAGAGGAUGUCACUGUGAUUUUCAGAAGGAGAGGAGGAGAUGAUUUAGUUCAAAGUCAUGCGGAAUGGGCAAGAACUGUUAACUCAGCGCCUGAUGUUAUACAUAUGACUUUUAUUCCUAUAACAACUCUGUUCGAAGCAGCCAUCCCUGGAAAAGACCAUCUUAUCCGGGCGAUCAACCUUUAUCUAGAAUAUAAACCUCCAAUUGAGGAGCUGCGGUACUUCCUGGAGUUCCAGCUUCCCAGAGUUUGGGCGCCAGUUCGUGAUGAGCACCCUGGCUAUCAAAGAAAGGAGCCAGUGUGUCCAUCCUUGCAGUUCAGCUUGAUGGGGAAAAAGCUGUAUAUCAGCCAAGAACAGGUAUCAGUUGGUCGCAAGCCAAUAACUGGCCUAAGGUUAUGCUUGGAAGGUGCUAAGCAGAAUAGGCUAUGCAUCCAACUGCAGCAUCUAGCAUCUCUUCCAAAGAUUCUCAAGCCUUACUGGGAUGCACACAUCACCAUCGGCGCGCUGAAAUGGCAGGGGCCAGAGGAGCAGGACAGCCGCUGGUUCGAGGCAGUGAAGUGGAAGAAUUUUUCCCACGUCAGCACAGCUCCAGUGGAACACCAUGAGACACUCAUCGGUGACGCCUCCGGCGCGUAUAUUGUCACUGGGGCGCAGCUCGGGGUGUGGGACUUUGGAUCGAAGAACGUCCUGUACAUGAAGCUUCUCUACUCAAGGGUGCCCGGCUGCACCACCCGGAGAUCGCUGUGGGAUCAUAGCCCUGCCACCACCAGCAACCAUCCGACGGUUACCCCUUCUGACACCGCCUAUCCGGAUCUGGGGGACUCGAGUGCAGGCUCAAGCGAUGCGGGGAAGCUCGUGAAAAUAGUGGACAGGUCGGAGCUGUGCAAAGGCCCCGAUGACAUGCCAGGGCACUGGCUGGUGACCGGUGGGAAGCUUGGCGUUGAGAAGGGCAGGAUUGUUCUGAGAGUGAAGUAUUCCUUGCUGAAUUACUGACAGCAGUGGCUGUUGUUAUCGAGAACUUCGUAGUGCAGCAUAUUGUGCUGUAAGUGCAGUAGUAGUUGUUAGCGUUCCACUAUUUUUGUUGGUAAAACCAGUGCUAGAUUGAUCCGUUAGUUUGUUUGCAGCUGAUUGCUGUUCCUAUACAGUUUUUACAUGAGAUUUUCUCAAUGUAAUGACAAUCAUUUUGGCGGAGUUCUAUCCUGUGUUUCUACAGGAAUUCAGUAUUGUAAAUGCAUGUUCGUCA